AUGCCUUUGCGCACCGAUCACUCGUUUAGAAAUCGCUUGGAUCCAGAUCACCACAAGGAAAGAAGUGCAAUAGAAAAUUUACCAAUAGACCUUGUUAACGAUUUCACGAUAGCUGAUACUCUUCAUUUAUUAGAUUUAGGCGUAAUGAAGAAAUGUUUGUUAGGAUGGACAAGUGGCAGUUUCAAUUUUGAAACAAAAUGGUCGGCAAGAGAAAUACAAAAUGUUUCAAGAAAGCUCAUGCAAAUCAAGGCAACCACACCAUCUGAAGUCCACCAAGGAAGAUUGAGGGAAUUAGAUUCUCUUCACUUUUGGAAAGGUACAGAGUUCAAGAAUUUUUUACUCUACUACGGACCAGUAAUACUAAAAGAACAUUUACCUUUGGAAGUAUAUCAACAUUUCUUAACAUUGUUCUGUGCUACCACAAUUUGUUACACAGAUGUGUACAGCCCCUACCGACAUAUAAGUCAAAAACUGUAUGUUGAUUAUAUCGCAAGAUUUGCAGAAAUCUACGGCCAAGAUGUUGUGAGCAGCAAUAUUCACAACGUAUGCCAUGUUGUGAAUGACGUUAUGAAGUUCGGGUCUCUACCUUCUCUUAGCGCCUAUCCUUUUGAAGGUAUGCUUUACAGAAUUAAAAACCAGUUACGAAAGGGUGAUCAACCAUUGGCGCAAGUAGCAAAUCGCAUACAAGAACUGUCGAAAUUGAAUAUAGACUCUACUUGCAAACAAUCAGAUCCCGCUCUCAAAAACGAAAUUUUACUGGAAACUGGUGAAAAAGUUUUUAAGACAGUCAGAAUUAGCAAAAAAUAUUCGAUAUCUAAAAACAAUAAGGACAAGUGGUUUUUGACUACUGACAAAAACUUAACAGAAAUGGAAUACGCUACUUGUGUAGAAGGAAAAAUAAAAGUGUUCGGCAGAAAUAUAAAAAAUAAAUAUAAUUUUUUCGAGUUACCAUUUCAAUCAUCAAACAUAAACAUAUAUGCCACAGCGCUCUAUCAUGAAACUGAAGAAUCGAGAGAAUAUAAUUUAGACGACAUUAAAUGCAAAGUUUUUGCUAUGGUUUGCAAUACCGAAAUGGUAUUUUUUCCAAUAUUAUCAACGCUUCAAUAAACAAACAUUCAUUAUUAACAUUCUCUAAGCAUUUUUUUUAUAACU